AUGCGCCUAGUUCCGAAUGGGUACAUCAGAGGAAUGCUGAGUUUCUUGUGCUUGUAUAUCUUCUUUUCUGAGUUCCGGACCCGAGGACGAUUGAGCUCGUUGUCGGCAGAGAGUAAGUUUGCGCCACGUUUCGUGGAGAGAUUCGCCACACCGUGCCGAACUGCCGGUCUGCCAUCUUGCUUCGGGCUCUUAACAACGAUUCUGAAAGUCUACAAAUUGGAUUCAUCUCGUUCGCCCUUUUCAAUGAAACAUGAAUUAUUACUCUUUACGAGAUUAUAUCCUCCUGCGCAGGUCCUCCUAGGUACUGAUGCUCUGCUGAUAGAGUUCAAACUUCAAUUUUCUCCAUCGAGUCGUCUGUUAGCACUGUUCGUCCUCUCGUUUCUUACGGCUUUAACUGUCUGUGUAACGUAG